AUGCUCCGUGCAUGGUUCACAUGGGGGGUCAUUGCAGCCUGCGUCGCCUUCCUAUUGGCCUCUCUGGUGCGUGUGUGCAUACAACCCUCCCUCAUCUCUCCCCAUUCGCAUUCACAUGGGGGGGUCAUUGCAGCCUGCGUCGCCUUCCUAUUGGCCUCUCUGGUGCGUGUGUGCAUACAACCCUCCCUCAUCUCUCCCCAUUCGCAUUCACAUGGGGGGUCAUUGCAGCCUGCGUCGCCUUCCUAUUGGCCUCUCUGGUUCUUCUAUGGGACGGCCUUUCACAUCCCUUCUGCUGUAAACGCCUCUUUCGGACCUUCGUCUCCUGUCGUCGCCCUCUCUAGAGCAACGGGUGCUGCAGCGUCCCUUGCAGCACAGCAAGCGUCCCAUGCAGCACAGCAAGCCGUCCAAGCAGCAGAGCCACACCCCGCUGCCCCAGCAGAGCCAGCAACGUCCGCCACUCCUGCUGCGACCUCUUCCUCCCUGCAUCUUCUACAGCCUGUGCGUGCCUUGCAGCACAGCAAGCUGUCCAAGCAGCACAGCAAGCUGUCCAAGCAGCACAGCAAGCUGUCCAAGCAGCACAGCAAGCUGUCCAAGCAGCACAGCCACACCCCGCUGCCCCAGCAGAGCCAGAUGCGCAUGCUGCACGGCAAGCAAGCAACCGCCCCUGCCUCUGCUGCGACCCCACCAUCCUCGCUUCACGUGCUACAGCCAGUGGUGGUGAGUGAAGAGGGAGUGCGAGUGCAGCACGUGGCAUGCUUCCUCCUCGCUCUGCUGCUCCCCGGAGCACACGUGGCCUUCCAUCCCGCCGACUUCCACGCCCUCCCUCCCUUUCGCCUGCUGCGAAUCCUCUCUGCCGGCAUAUGGCACAACACGGUGGUGAGUGCUGGCAUAUGGCACAACAUGGUUGUGAGUGCUGGCAUAUGGCACAACAUGGUGGUGAGGGCUGGCAUAUGGCACAACAUGGUGGUGAGUGCUGGCAUAUGGCACAACAUGGUGGUGAGUGCUGGCAUAUGGCACAACAUGGUGGUGAGUGCUGGCAUAUGGCACAACAUGGUGGUGGGUGCUGGCAUAUGGCACAACAUGGUGGUGAGUGCUGGCAUAUGGCACAACAUGGUGGUGAGUGCUGGCAUAUGGCACAACAUGGUGGUGAGUGCUGGCAUAUGGCACAACAUGGUGGUGAGUGCUGGCACAUGGCACAACAUGGUGGUGAGUGCUGGCAUAUGGCACAACAUGGUGGUGAGUGCUGGCAUAUGGCACAACAUGGUGGUGAGUGCUGGCAUAUGGCACAACAUGGUGGUGAGUGCUGGCAUAUGGCACAACAUGGUGGUGAGUGCUGGCAUAUGGCACAACAUGGUGGUGAGUGCUGGCAUAUGGCACAACAUGGUGGUGAGUGCAUGCAUAUGGCACAACAUGGUGGUGAGUGCUGGCAUAUGGCACAACAUGGUGGUGAGUGCUGGCAUAUGGCACAACAUGGUGGUGAGUGCUGGCAUAUGGCACAACAUGGUGGUGAGUGCUGGCAUAUGGCACAACAUGGUGGUGAGUGCUGGCAUAUGGCACAACAUGGUGGUGAGUGCUAGCAUAUGGCACAACAUGGUGGUGAGUGCUGGCAUAUGGCACAACAUGGUGGUGAGUGCUGGCAUAUGGCACAACAUGGUGGUGAGUGCUGGCAUAUGGCACAACAUGGUGGUGAGUGCUGGCAUAUGGCACAACAUGGUGGUGAGUGCUGGCAUAUGGCACAACAUGGUGGUGAGUGCUGGCAUAUGGCACAACAUGGUGGUGAGUGCUGGCAUAUGGCACAACAUGGUGGUGAGUGCUGGCAUAUGGCACAACAUGGUGGUGAGUGCUGGCAUAUGGCACAACAUGGUGGUGAGUGCUGGCAUAUGGCACAACAUGGUGGUGAGUGCUGGCAUAUGGCACAACAUGGUGGUGAGUGCUGGCAUAUGGCACAACAUGGUGGUGAGUGCUGGCAUAUGGCACAACAUGGUGGUGAGUGCUGGCAUAUGGCACAACAUGGUCGUGAGUGCUGGAUGGCUAUCCUUUCAGCCUCACGUCACAUCAUUGUGCCUCACAUCUGCUCCCUCCUGCGAGCACAUGUGGCCUUCCAUCCCAUCUUCUCUCUGCCUGCCUCCUGCCCGCCUGCUGAGAGUGCUUUCCUCCGGCACAGUGGCGCAACAUAGUGGUGAGUCUUGUGCAUUGAGUGUCGAAGUAGAACAGGUGGGCUGCGGAGGCGCAACAGUGGCGCAACAUAGUGGUGAGUCUUGUGCAUUGAGUGUCGAAGUAGAACAGGUGGGCUGCGGAGGCGCAACAGUGGCGCAACAUAGUGGUGAGUCUUGUGCAUUUCUGCAUGGCUUGGCACCACCCUCUCUUGUUUCCUCUCUUGUGAGUCUUCCAACCUUUUCACUUCCACUCCCUGCCUUCCCCUUGCCUGCUGAGAGUGCUUUCCGUCACCAGCUGGCGCAACAUAGUGCUGUCUCUGCUGCUCCUCUCCUCUCCCCCUUUCUCCAAACCGCGCUCUUCCUUCCUCUCUACCCCAUCUUAUCCACCCUGUUCCCAUCUUUCCCUACCCAUCUGAUCUGGCCCCACUCCCACCUAUGCAGCUGUCUCUGCUCGCUCUGCUGCUCCUAUCCUCUCCCCUCCAAGCGGUCCUCUUCCUUCCCCUCUACUCCCAGUCACCACCAGGCCUUAAGGUACGCCCCUCCCUGCAUGUCCCCUUCCUCCCCUCUCCUCUUCUCUCAUAUCCCCUCCUUCCGUUUCCUUCCCAUCCAAGCACUGCUCUUCUUCCGCUCUACUCCCAGUCCCCCCCCAGGCCUCAAGGUUACAUCCGUGCAUCCGCUCUCCCCUCUCUUCAGUCACAUUCGCCCAGGAGACUCCUUACUAGUACUUGACCACACUCCGCUUUCCUCUCUUGCCGACUACACUCACCUCCUCUCCCAUCUCUCCCUCCUCUCCCACCUCUCCUACCCUCUGCCUCCUUCGAUCCCUCCCUCGCCUCCUUCCCGUGGGUAUUGCAUUUCCCUCUCGGCCAAUCACGAGCUGCCACCUGGAUUCCUGACUCCUCCAGCCUUUCCAGCCAAUGCUGGCGAUGCGGAACCUUCCUCGCCGAUUCCUGGCAGUGAACCGCACCAAGAGGAAGCUUCCGUUCAGUUUCCUGGUGAUGAAUCGCAGAACCAAGAAGAAGCUUCUCAGAUGGUUCCUACUGCGGCAUGUUUGCGUCCGAGAGAAGUGGUGGAGGGAGGGAGGAGAUGCGGAUGGGGGUGGAUGGGUGAUGAUGGGGAGGAGGAAGGGAAGGACGAGGGGAAGGAAGAAGGGAAGCAAGAGGGGAAGCAAGAGGGAAAGCAAGAGGGGAAGCAGCAGCGUCAAUGCGAUAAGGGAUCCGUCUGCAUGGCCCCAGUCCUUCCUCAUCACCAUCUGCUGCUCCUAGUGCAGUUUCAGCCCUCCCCCUACUCACCCUCCUCCUCCUCCACCUCUUCCUCCUUUUCCAGUUCCUCUCCUUCCUCCUCCACUUCCUCCGCUCCCUCCUCUCUAGUGUUUAUUUCAGCGCCAUUGUGGGGCCCUGUGGUGGUGACACGUGUCGCUCUCUUUGUCUUCCACGUGUCCAAUGCUCUCGCCCUCAUCAACGCUGCUCCGAUUUUCUUCCUUGAUGGAGAGGCCAUUCUCUCAGACUUCCUCCGCCUGGUUCUCCCUUUUCCCUCGCAUCCUCUCUCCUCCCAUCCUCUCUCCUCCCAUCAUCUGCACCUCCGUCACCAACAGCAAAUCAUUCGCCACCAUCGUAUCCUCAUGAGUGUCCUUUAUGGGGGCUCUUUCCUUCUUUUCGUCUCCCUGGCUUCAUCUAUAAUGUUUUCUCAUACAUGA